AUGGCUUCCGAAGCGGCAUACAUGCACCAAGCCCCGGCCGUCGAGCCGCUCAUAAGAUUUCCAAUCUCAUCCUUCUGCCGGAGACCGAUUUAUGCGAACCAGCUUCUGAACGAGGCUGGUAUGGGUUCCAUGCUGACUGCCGAGCUUCGGAUCUUUAUCCACCGCACUUUCGACGUUGACGUCCCCUUCGACGUGCUUUUCAAGAAGGCAACUUUGAACAGUCUGACCGAUACGAUCGCCCGGGAUCUGCAGGCUAGUGCUUAG